UGUUUCGUGAUUGGAACCAUAUGAUUUAACAUGAAAUUUGCAUUUAUAAUGAUUUCUCUGACUCUUGAUGCUUAGGCCUUGACUUUCUCUCACUAUUGCAAAUAUGCUUGCUCUGAAGAAGUCCCUGAACUCCAAGACAUGGGAGGCCCAGCUCAAGGUGGAUUCAGUGUUGCUUUUGACCCGCUUGAUGGUUCUAGCAUCGUUGACACGAAUUUCACAGUUGGAACCAUCUUUGGGGUGUGGCCCGGAGACAAGUUAACUGGUGUGACAGGAAGAGAUCAAGUUGCUGCAGCCAUGGGGAUUUAUGGACCUCGAACUACUUAUGUUCUUGCUCUCAAGGACAUCCCCGGCACCCAUGAAUUCCUUCUUCUUGAUGAAGGAAAAUGGAUACAUGUCAAAGAUACAACAGAAAUUGGUGAGGGAAAGAUGUUCUCACCUGGAAAUUUGAGAGCCACAUUCGACAACCCUGACUAUGAUAAGCUUAUCAACUACUAUGUAAGAGAGAAAUACACUCUGCGGUACACUGGAGGAAUGGUGCCCGAUGUUAACCAGAUCAUUGUAAAGGAGAAAGGUAUUUUCACAAAUGUGACAUCCCCAUCUUCCAAAGCCAAGUUGAGGCUUCUCUUCGAGGUGGCUCCACUGGGAUUCCUGAUUGAGAAAGCCGGGGGCUACAGCAGCGAUGGAAAACAGUCUGUGCUCGACAAGGUGAUCGUUAAUCUUGAUGAUAGGACUCAAGUAGCUUACGGAUCCAAGAAUGAGAUUAUCCGAUUUGAAGAAACUCUAUAUGGUUCCUCCAGGCUCAAGGCCGGUGGUGUGCCUGUUGGAGCUGCUGUUUAAGCUCAGCUGCUUUGUUUGCUGCAUUUUUCUUGAAUCACGGAACAAGAAUUAAAGCAAUUUCCCAUAUGGGUUUUGUAUAAUAGAAGAACAAUGUGUUCAUGUUAUGGCUAGACUCAGAUUGACAAUUCAUAAUGUUGAAAUUGAAUUUGUCUUGUAUAAGAUGGAGAGGUCAAGCAGUUUUUUAGUGUCUGUUAUUUGAUUGGUGGCAUUUUCUUGUUCCUAAAAACAUGAGCUUAGUUUUGUUUCUCUGGAGGGCAUCCAGUGAGUCAGUGACUAAUACAGAUUGGAUCUUUGUAA